AUGCAGAUUUUCAAAAUUUUCCUCUAUUUAAUUUUCGUAAUCUUGGUCAAGGCCAAACCUAAAUUUAACAUUGGCAUAAUUUUGGAUGCUCCUCAGGAUGAUCUGGAGAUAGCCUUCCAUUCGGCCAUUGAUAGAUCGAAUAUAAAUGAGCGCAGCUUCGAAUUGGAGGGUGUUGUGGUCUAUGCCAAUGCUGAGGAUAGUUUUUUAAUGGAAAAGGCAGCAUGUAAUUUAAUUUCCCAGGGUGUCAUUGGCAUAUUUGGGCCCAUACAAGGGAGUGGUUCAGAUAUCGUCGCUUCGAUUUGUCACACCCUGGAAAUACCCCACUUCACUUUCGAGUGGUCACCCAGUGAGGCCUUGGAUGAGAAACCGCUGAGAAGUAUGUCCUUGAAUUUCCACCCCUAUAAUUUGCAAUUCUCCCAGGGUCUGUCGGAGACGGUGCAGAGUUUUGGUUGGCGUUCCUUUACGGUGGUCUAUGAAACCGAAAAGGAACUACAACAGCUGCAGGAUAUUCUGCAAAUAGGAGAGCCAAGUAGCAAUCCCACCACGGUCAAACAAUUGCCAGAUGAUUCCGAUUAUAGGCCCUUCUUGAAGAGUAUCAAAACCUCAACCGAUAACUGUAUGAUUUUGCAUUGUUCUCUCGAUAAGAUACUGGAGAUACUGAAACAGGCCGAUGAGCUGAAAAUGUUGGGAGAAUAUCAGAGCAUUUUCAUACCCACCUUGGAUACCCAUACCCUGGAUCUGCAGCAAAUCCAAAAUGUGGGCGCCAAUAUAACUACUAUACGGCUAAUGGAUCCCACCGAUUAUCAGCUGCGAAAUCUGGUUCGGGAUUGGGAGGAGCGUGAGAAGAGGGAGGGGAACUUUUAUAGGGUGGAUGUGACACAAAUUAAGACCAACAUGGUCCUGCUUAGCGAUGCUGUUUGGAUGUUUGUAAAAGGCCUGGCAGAACUGGAGAUUGUUGAGGAACUUAACCCACCCGAUAUAGCCUGUCGACGAAAUCGUCCAUGGCCUCAGGGGAGAAGGAUUUUGGAAUUUAUCAAGGCGCGCUCCGAUGAAGCCUUUACUGGUCGCAUCGACUUCAAUCAAUAUGGCCAGAGGAGUUUUUUCACCCUUCGCUGCCUGGAGGUGACUCAGACAGGGCUGUUGGAUUUAUCCACCUGGGAUCCGGUUAAUGGCUUUAGUCUACUGGGUGCCGAUGAUGAUAGCGACAAACGUGUGGGGGCCAAAUUGCAGAAUAAAACCUUUAUUAUUACGUCCCGCUUGGGAGCACCAUUUCUAAUGGAGAGAGAAGCCAAGGAUGGCGAGAUUCUUGAGGGCAAUGCCCGCUAUGAAGGCUACAGCUUGGAUCUGAUCGACAAUAUUGCCCGUCUCUUGAAUUUCAAAUACGAAUUUCAUUUGGCUCCGGAUGGCCGUUAUGGUGGAUUCAAUAAGCAGACCCAAAAGUGGGAUGGCCUGGUGGGACAGCUACUGGAUGGGAAUGCUGAUUUGGGUAUUUGUGACUUGACCAUGACUUCGGCCCGCCGCAAGGCUGUAGAUUUCACGCCACCCUUUAUGACCCUGGGCAUUAGUAUUCUGUAUAUGAAACCUGAGGUCCAACCGGCAAAUCUCUUUUCAUUUUUAUUACCAUUUUCGAAGGAUGUAUGGGUGUAUAUGGCUACAGGUUAUCUAGGUGUAUCCCUGCUACUAUUCUUUUUGGCUCGCAUGGCACCCGAGGAUUGGGAAAAUCCCCAUCCCUGUAAGGAGCCGGAGGAAUAUGAAAAUCUAUGGACCAUCACCAACACCACUUGGCUGACAAUGGGUUCGAUUAUGGGUCAAGGGUGUGAUAUUUUGCCGAAAGCCUCGUCAACCCGCCUGGUAACCGCCAUUUGGUGGUUCUUCGCCUUGAUGAUGUUGAACUCCUAUACAGCCAAUCUGGCUGCCUUUUUGACCAUGUCCCGCAUGGGUUCUUCAAUUAAAUCGGCCGAGGAUUUGGCCGCCCAAAAUAAAAUUAAAUAUGGCGCUGUUAUGGGUGGCAGUACCAUGAACUUUUUCAAGGAAUCCAAUUUCACAACGUAUCAACGUAUGUGGGCCGCAAUGGAAUCGGAUAUGACGGUCUUUACCAAAAGCAAUGAUGAGGGUGUGGAGCGAGUGCUGAAAGGCAAACGUCUCUAUGCCUAUCUGAUGGAGUCCACUGGUUUGGAAUAUAUUGUUGAGAGGAAAUGUAAUCUGACUCAGAUUGGUGGAUGGCUGGAUUAUAAGACCUAUGGCAUAGCUAUGCCUUUUAAUUCGCCAUAUCGCAAACAGAUAAGUGGGGCGGUCCUAAAACUGGGCGAGGCGGGUACUUUGACGGAGCUGAAACGCAAAUGGUGGAAGGAAAUGCAUGGUGGUGGCAAGUGUGAGAAGGGCGAGGCAGCCUCUAGCGAUACUGCCGAACUGGAUAUUGAAAGUGUGGGUGGUGUUUUCCUGGUCUUGGGGCUGGGUUUGGUGUGUGCUUUUUGCAUUGGAAUUGUGGAGUUUUUGUGGAAUGUCAAAUCCGUGGCCGUGGAUGAGAAGAUAACCGUCAUGGAAGCAUUGAAAGUGGAGACCUUGUUUGCCUUAAAAUUUUGGAUGCCUUUG